AAUAUUCACUAGAAGACAAAAUGGGCAGAUGGAGACAAUAAUCGGUUUCAAGUCCGCCUUCCCUCCCAAACCCAGAACGGGUUCUCUCGUUUCUCGUUCAUCUUUCACAUCUUCAGGCGCUCUUCACAAAAAGGCCAUUGAAAUCCUCCUCAAUUCCUAAUCCAGAUUCGUCGUAUUCAUGUUUUAUUGCAUCAAAUUCUUGCAAUCACUGUCUUCUGAACUUUUUCGAGCCGAUCGAGUCUUGAUUCUCACUCGAUCCGUCUUUUGUCUGCAAAUUUUGAUUCUUGGACUUCAAGGGUUGCCGUGGAGCUUGGAGUUGCGGCCAGAUUCUGCGUAGACGCUUGUUCGGUCUGUUUGUUCUUUGUUAACUUUUGGCUGCCUGUGUGCUUGUUGAAUCUUGAGGAAUUUUAUUGGUUUUGAGAGUUGGGUUUGUCGCGAAGUUGAUUUUCCCUACGUGGGUUCAAGUUGGUUGGCGUUGAUUUUAGUGGAAGGAACUUCCAUGGAGUAUGAACUUUCGGAUAGCAGUGGAACAGAUGAUGACCUUCCUCCUCCUCAUCAAAAUAGAUUUCAACGAGGUGGGCUUCCUGCUGGGAAUGGAAGAUCUGCACCAGUAAAUUCUUCUACAUUACCCAGGAUGGUCGGCGAUAUGGAAAUGCAGAUCCACCACAUUGAGCAGGAAGCAUAUAGUUCGGUCCUGCGUGCUUUUAAAGCUCAAUCCGAUGCAAUUACAUGGGAGAAGGAAAGUUUAAUAACAGAAUUAAGAAAGGAGUUGAGAGUAUCAGAUGAAGAACACAGAAAACUUUUAUCUCGGGUAAAUGCAGACGAUGUCAUCAAAAGGAUAAGGGAAUGGAGAACAGCAAAUGGGCUCCAACCUGGAAAGCUCAAUGCUGAUCAACCCAUGGCGGAUCCCGUACCCAGCCCCACUGCUUCAGCAUCACGGAAGAAACAGAAAACAUCCCAAGCUUCCCUGUCCCAAGGUGCACCUACUCCUGCAAUACCUACUGGUACACAACCAUCUUCAUCGGCCAUGAGACGUGGUCCUCCCCCUGGUGCUAGAACUACAAAGACGAAAGCAUCCAUGCAUACAGGUCUUACUGGAAGUGGCCAAGUGAAUAAUCGAGGUUCUUUAGGGGCUUUUGUUUCAAAUGAAAAUGCUGAAGGAGCAACCGAACCGUUAAUUGGACGGAAAGUUUGGACUAGAUGGCCUGAAGACAACAGCUUCUAUGAGGCUGUUAUAACUGAUUAUAACCAUGCUGAGGGUCGUCAUGCUUUGGUUUAUGAUAUUAAUACAGCACACGAGACAUGGGAAUGGGUCAACCUUAAAGAGAUAUCCCCUGAAGAUAUUAGGUGGGAACGAGAAGAUUCUGUAGUAUCUCGCAGUGGUGCUCGCCCUGGACACGGGAGGGGCAAUAAGAAGUCCAUGACACGAGGCGGUGCAGUGGCUGCUGGUGGAAGGGGCAGAGGGACUACAAAGGGUCAAUCUAGGAAAGACUUACCUGUAUCUCAAAAUGGAUCUCGGAAGCAGGCUAUGGGUGAUAUUGAAAUACUUCACACCGACACGCUGAUUAAGGAGGUGGAAAAGGUAUUUGGUGCUAAUCAUCCAGAUCCCAUGGAGAUUGAAAAGGCUAAGAAAGUGCUGAAAGACCACGAACAAUCCCUUGUCGACGCAAUUGCAAGGCUUGAAGAUGCAUCGGACGGUGAGAGUGCAGAUGGAAGAGAACCAUAUUCUCAAGGACAAUCAAUGGUUCGUGUAUGAACGACGAUGUAAAGUGGACGAAGCUCCAAAAUGGCCAAAUUCUUAAACCUGCAGGCUGCUAAUAAUUGAUGGCAAUGGUGAUGAAUUGCAUUAGUUGAAUGGAAAACUCAGCAGAACACUCCCUCCGGUUUGGCGUUUUCGAACUUUAAUGAUCAACCGUGCUAUUAUCGGUGCCUUGGCCUUCAAGAACGCAGACUUCACGCCCAUUUGAUGCAUCUUUUGAUUGUACUAAGAGUUAUUGUUUUAUUUUGAUCCCUAGCUUUAACUUCAGAAGAAGGAUUAUUUCUGUAAAACUUUAUUCAAAAGUCAAUAGAAUCUAUGUAGAUUAGUUCUU